AUCUUAUCGAUCAGCACGACCAUCAUCUGCUGGUGGUGGUGCCACAGCUCGAACAUGUUGCGCAACACGCAUAUCUGCGCCUCUUCGGACUCGGCCAGUAUCUUGAACACGUAGUGGAACUUCGAUAUGGCCGCGAAGCUGUGCGAGAAACUCUUCGAGCCCAAAUUGAGCAGCGUCUGCACGAACACGUCGAUCUUCAGAGGAUUGAAUCUGCCGUCGCCUUCUUCGUCCGAUCGCGGAUUCGGCAGGUCCUUCAGCACCGCCAGCACCUCCUCGGGCGUGCACUUCUGUCUGAUCGACACCACCAGCUUGUGGGCCGCCUCCGUGCCCGGUAGAUUCGCUGGAAUCGAAACAAAAAAACCAUAUUCGCGACAAACCAACCACGCUCUAUGUACUCUACUCUCUAAAGCUUCACAUUUCAUUACUGUACUCUUGAAUCUUCCGGUUUUGUGGUUCUACUCUCAAAGCUCCACAUUCUACGAUUCUACUGUUGAAGCUAACAUUCUAAGACUCUACUCCUGGAGCUCCACAUUCUACGCCUUUACUCUCGAAGCUCCACACUUUGUAUCUCUACUACUAAAGCUUCACAAUAUAAGUCUAAAGUUCUACACUUUAAGACUAUACUCUUGAAGCUCCACAUUCUACGAUUAUACUCUUUCUUGAAGCUCCACAUUCUAAGCCUCUACUAUUGAAGCUCCACACUUUAUGUCUCCACUCUUAAAUCUUAAAUCUUCACACUUUAAGACUUUACUCUCAAAACUUUACAAUGUGAGUCUCUACUCCUAAACAUCCACACUUUAAGACUCUACUUUUGAAGUUCCACAUUCUACGGCUCUAGUCUCGAAGCUCCCACACUUUUUGAAUCGUUUACAACUCCAUUCUAAAGCUCUACGUGUAAUCUUUUAUCGACUCGAACGGCAUUUAAAAUGUAGGGAACGAAACCGGCGCGAUUUGCGAUAAAAAUCGUCGGAACGACAAUGAAAACCUAAACGAAUAAGUGCCAUAUAAAUUUCACAAGAACCAUUAGAGUGCGGAGAAUCGGCGUUUGUACAUCGCAUUUUGCAGGAUGCGGUGCGUUUUCAUAAUUGCGCAUAGCAUUAGAACCCUGCGAUGUGUGUUACAUAAAUGGUUCAAUGUCGGACUCGAUGAUUGACCAAUUCUAGUUUUCUUAAUUAAAUCAUUUUAUCGGCCGAUCGUAGGAUGUUGGGGAACGUUUUAAUCCGGUAUUAGUUCCGUUAUUUUAAUCGAUUAUCGAGAAAAUUAGUAUCGAACAUUUUCCCGUAGAAUGAAAUUCGGGUAGUCGAAGAUGGUGGUAGAUAAUCGGCAAAUAAAAUUCGAACAAUGCCAGGCUCUUGCGAAAUCCUUUACGAAUAUCUAAACAUUAACGGAUUUAAAUAGGAAUUCGCUGUCGUUAGAUGUUGAGCAAGUGGGCAAUUUGUAAAAAAAUGCUCGCCAUUAACUCGAACAUCAAGGUUAAGAUGAUUGGUAGAUAAGAAAUUGGGCAAACAGGAUCAGGAUUUGACAAGAGGAUAUUUAUAAUUAUGCGUAAAAGAAAGUUGUAGUAAUAUAAUAAUGUGUGCAGUAUAGAAUUUUUCCCGAAAACACGCGAUUUAAUAUAAUUAAACACGAAGAACGUUUGCGGUUGAAUUUUCAACACUUUUACUUUCUUUCGUUGUUUUCUUUCCGGUUAAUUCAUUCGCUUUAUUGUCUCGACUAAUUACCAACAAUUUUACAUAAACUGCUAACUAGUCGGUGAAAGUAAUUAGAAUAUUACCGUGUUUGUUCGAAUCGAAAAAUAAUUUUUUGCGCGUCCAAAAGGGACGUUCUGUAUACGAGAAGUUCUCAUCGAACAACGAAAGAUUGCAACAAUUAGUUGUGCGAGCAAAAUCAGUUAAAAAUGCAAACAGAAUUUCGCAAGCGCCGAGAUCGCAGCCGCAGAUUACCGUAUAGAAGAAAAAACCGCAUCAAAGAAAAUGGAAAUCCGUUAUUCCGAGUCCCGCUACAGGUUGUCCCUGCCAGUGAAAUACUCCAAAUAUUCCAAAACGAAAAUGUAAACCACGAAAACAACGAGAUACUUGACCCAGAAAUUUCUAGUUUAACAAUAUAAAACAUCUCGAAAUAAAUGCAUUUUUUUUCGCGUUAAACUCAUUCGAAAUUUCCACGGCUAAAAAAAUCGCAAUUAAACCAAUUAACUUCUCGCAGAAUAAUUUACAUAUCAAUUAUGACAGUGUUUUCCAAUUUUUUUGCGAUUGUUCAAAACAAAAUCGGCGGCGAAGCGUGUAAGUAAAAUUACCUACACGCUUGCAUAUCGUUUGAACUGGGGAUCUUCCGUAGCGGGGAGGCAGAUUGUCGUGUCGAAAUCGCGCCAAAACAACGAGAAUCCUUCGAGUUUUGGUCGAGAAAAAAAAUAUAUUAGCGAAGCCAGUGAUAAAAAGAACGUCGAAGAAUGCUCGACGAUUCGAGGCGGAUAUAAUUGCGAAAUAAUUUGCGUUUAAAGCAGCGAAUUAAUAUGAUACUUAAUGAACUAAUAAAGGUGAUGUUUAAUGUAACAUAAAUAUGGUUCAGUGGUUGUUCGUGUUGAUUUUGACGGUAAUUGUUCCAUGGGAAUCGACGGCUAUUACCAACAAAAGACCGUCUACCGAACAAUCGGCCGGCGUGAGAUAUUUCCGACACAUCCCCGCAGGACCAACGUCAGGACCUCUAGCCAACUGGGAGAUAGGCCUCAGGGAAGCCAUACACCAAGCCCUCCUGCGCGAAGGCUACUGGGAGCCCAACCUACGCCAAAGAUUAAACGGCGCCCAAUUGAUCGGGCGCCAAGACGCCGCCAGGACCUUCGGCGACGUCGUCGUGUUGGCGCGCGGCCAAUUGUACGCCGCGCACGGCGGCGAUUUCCUGCUGUUGCAGGACCCCUAUCGCAACGAUUGCGACGAUUGCCACAAUCCGAGGCGGUGCGAGCGGCACGAUUGCCGCCCGUACGCGCCCCGAAACAAGGAGAUCCUGGUGGCCCUGUGGACGGUGAAACGACUGAGGCACCGGGACCCCGACGGGACGCGCUUCGAACUCGAGUACAUCGUCAGUCCGGUGAACGAGGCCAACGAUCAGAUAAUCAUGCGGCGCGAUCGGUUCAAUUACGCCAUAGCCGGGCACGUGUUCGUCAUCAGGAGCAGCGAAACGAGCAAAUAUUAUCCGGAAUAUUACAAUAGAAAAAUCGUCCAGACGCAAUUCAAGCCGGAGGUGGUAUUGGGCGUGGACGCCGAAGGGCACAAACACGUUCUGUACAGUUACCCGGGUUUUCUAACUUCGGCGCCGCAAUUGAACGAAAUCACGACGACUUUACCAGCUACAUCGACGACAAUUCAAGUACAAGCUAAUCUAACGAAAGAAGCGGAACUGUACAAAAAACUGCUGGAAAUUUUGGCUUCCAAAACCGAUCAGAAUCGCAACAACGAAGGUCCGCACAGGUUCUCUUUCAAUAGACUCGAUGACGGCAAUUCGCCGGUACUCACCACCCAAUCGCCGGUAGAAACCAAACCGAGCGCUGGAAACGAAAAUACCGAAACCACUGUACAUUACUUUAUGCCUACGGGCGAGGAAGUUUUAUUGACGGAAAUCGCCUCGUCCACAACCGCCAUGAUUCCACCGACGACAAUCUCAUCAACACCGAAACCCUUCAGCCCAUCCACACCAUCCACAACACCAAGGUUUACGAAAUUCGUCACCAAACCGAGGUUCAAACUCACCACAACCAACAAACCCACGAAAUCGCCCGGUUUCUACAACAUUUACAACAGAAAACCCAAACCGUUCGCGACGAAAACCUCUAAAACUCCUCUUACAAGCACUACUACUACUACAACUGCUCCAACCACACAAUCAACAACAAAAUCAACAACUACAUCAACAACACUUUCAACCACUACAUCAACAACACUUUCAACGACAAAAUCGACAACACAUUUAACAACAACAUCAACAUCUUCUGCCAGUACUCAUCCUGAGCAAUCAACUACAGAAUCAUCACCACAAAUUCUAUCCAAAGCUUUACCGGACACUCCACAAGAAACAUUAACAUCACCGAUGACAAUAUCGGAAGCUGUAGCAUCUAUUACGCCAUCUAUCACAAUCGUAACAUCAACUGAACCGAACGAACUAACCAUCAUCGAUAGUUUACCGCAAAUGGAACCAACGGAAGCGAUGAGGCCUUCGACUGAAUUAACCAACCAACCAACCACGCCGGAAUUCACCACGACGGUAUCGAAUCAACCGAUAGGUACCGAAACUACGAUUAAUUUCCCAGCAACAAACGCUACUGUACCAACUACAGAAACAUCAUUACUUUCAACAUUAUCAUCGACUUCUUCUACAACUUCUUCUACAAAAACCACAUCUACUACAACGAGCAGCGAUUUUCUAACGGAAUCCGAACCGUACAAAGGCCCCCUGUACGUGGGCACCGUCAGAAACGAUUACAAUUUGGACGAUAUCUUCGGUACGACCAAAUCCACUCUGAAGCCGAGCACCAGUACGCGCGAAACGCGCACGGAAUCGGACAUUUCUCGUCAAUUAUUCGCCGAUAAACCGAAAAUAAUCUUUUCCGAUUUCUACGAGGCGAGCACCGACGGCGAAACGGAACGUGUAACCAGCCAAAGUUACGAGACUUCGGUGAGUUACCAAGUGAACAAGAGAAAUCAACCGGAAUACACCACGGCGCGUGCGAAAACUAAGCAAAAAGCGGUCGAAUACAAGAGCAACGCGUCGAAAUUGCUGCAUUACAAACCCACCAAAUCUCCAGCUGUUAGCAACAAUAAUAAUACUGAUUAUGUGACCCACAAAGCGGAGUAUCCGGAUGAGACUAGCACGAAGAAUUCAAUGGAAACUACCAAAGAGAUGUUCGAUCGGGCGGCUUUGGUUCUGAUCAGUCACGCCAAAAGUUUGGAGUUUUUGAAUAAACCAGAAAACAAUACAAUCAGAUCGAAAUACAGAAGGAGGAAGACUUACGUGCCGAGAUCGAGAACCACUAAAAAACCACAACGGAGGAAAUCGAAUUAACAAUAACCUUGUCGUAUUUUUAAGUUUUUUUUACAGUAAACGUUUCGUUAAGUAAUUCCUGUAAUGUACUUACCGGCGCCGUCUUGGGCGUAUUUGUAAUCGGACUCCGUCUUAGCCGGUAUAAAUUUCUGGAAACUCUCCGGUAAAAUUUCCCUAAUCCUCUGGAAAUACGAC